AUGGUUGUCCUCGCAAUGACCGAUUUGGGUGCUGCGAGAGGAGCGGGGAACGCGGACUGGGAGCUCGAGGAGUUUUUCCGUCGAAGGGAGAUCGAUGGUACGCUGGCUGUGCUGCGCAGGCAUGGCUGCGACCUAGCAUCGAAACGGCGCCGAAGAGCACAGGAAACGGAGUCAGCUGCAAUUGAGUCAAGUCGAACGCCAGAUGCGGGGAAAAUGGAGGUGCUUUCAGAGAAGAUCUCUGCGACGCUGAUCGUAGAGCUUAAAGAGUCGCCGUCAGCAUCGUCGCUGUCGCCCAGCGACAGGCUGUCAGGAUUCGAGGGCGACGAGUGGGACGAUCGAUGGACGGACACGGAGGAUGGGACUUCCAGUACCUACUCCGACGGUGUUGACAGUGACGGAUUCCGUCUGGAAGACUUGACAGACGUUCCACCUCCGACAGUUUGUUUUUCGAGCAGCACUGGGGGGCAAGGGGCAGACGGCGACGUAGAAUUGCCUGGCUUCGAAACAAACAGCGCCGUCACAGAAUCGGCAGUAGUCGCAACCACGCCUUGUGAUUGUCCGACCAGAAUACCUGACGGGGAAUCUCCAAUAGGCACAGAUCUGUUGCCAUCGCCAGUCAAGGUGGCUCAGGCGGCGGCUGCUUGUAUUGGAAGUGCUGAUAUAGGUAGCAGACGUACUGAUAGUGGUCCGCUUCAAGAACAAGACGUAGCAUCAUGCGAUCAUUUCGACGACGGAGUUGUCGCCGACGGUUCGGCUGUGACGGCCGCCGAUCUCCAGGCGUUCCUCGAGCGGCUGCGAAUUCCCGAAGCCGCCUUGGAGUCGCACGGCUGGCAGCACUUGAUAACGCGUGCGACGCCUACGAUGCAGUACUCGUCGCAUUCCCACGACUGUGCGAUCGAGGGUUACCCGAAAAGCACGUGUUACCGCGGUCGCAUGGUGGUCGAGGGGGUGACACUGGAGGCUGUACGCGACUUUCUUCUCGACGACGAGUUCCGCGGGGAAUGGGACGAGAAUCGUCUGGAGUCGACGGUUUUGGAAGACUGGAACAACUUUGGCGUGUCCAUCAUUCGCUGGGUUCGACGUCUUCCGUUUUUCCUCCGAAAUCGCGAAUACGUUGUUUCUCGGCGCGUCUGGUCCCUCGCCCCUCAAUCCUCUUCUCAAACGUUCUUCUGUAUUAACCGAAACACGUCACACCCAUCGGCCGUCUCUCGGCCUUCCCUGCUGCGCGUGCCGUACUUUUACUCCUCGUGGCGAAUUCGGUAUGUCCCAAGCGAGGAGGAAAGAGAUAAGCUGACAGGGCGGAGAGACGAGCUGAAGGGGGAGGGGGACGAGGCGGAGGGAAGCGACGCCAAGGCGGAAGGGCAAGGGGCCAGGGUGGCGGGACAUGGGCGGAAGCUGGGAGUGGAGAUUGUGACGUACCACCAGGAGGAGUCAGGGCUGCCCCGGGAGCUGGCCAGGGUGGCUGUGGUGAGGGGCAUGUGGGGUCACAUGCUGAGGAUUGAAGCUGCUCUGAGGAGUUACUGCCAGGCUCAGCGCACUGUCAGGCAGACGUUGCCUCCUUUCAUGCUGACCAUGAAUGAUUAA